GCCCGCUCGGUGAGGGCAGCCGGACCCGCCUGCCGCGGGCUCGGGCGGCCCUGCCCUGCCCUGCCCUGCCCUGCCCUGCCCUGCCCUGCCCUGCCGGAGGGAGCCGGGAGCGGCAGCGAUGAGCGGCGCGGAGCGACCGGAGGGAAAGGAGGCGGCGCCCGCGGGUGACCCCGGGCGCUCGCUGGGUCCCAGUGAUGCAUCUCCAGAUGAAGGAGUUGUAGAAGAUCUGCCUUUAAUAGAUGAGAAAGCUGUGGAGCAGCUAACUGAAGGAUUGAUUUCCCACUAUCUGCCCGAUCUUCAGCGAUCAAAAUCAGCACUGCAGGAACUUACACAGAACCAAGUGGUACUGCUAGAAACAUUAGAACAAGAAAUUUCAAAAUUCAAAGAGUGUAACUCCAUUGUUGAUAUCAAUGCUUUGUUUUCAGAAGCUAAAUACUAUCACAACAAGUUAGUGAAUAUUAGAAAUGAAAUGAUGAUGCUGCACGAGAAGACAUCAAAGUUAAAAAAAAGAGCACUUAAGCUGCAACAAAAGAGGCAGAAGGAAGAAUUGGAACGAGAGCAGCAACGUGAGAAGGAACUUGAAAGAGAGAAACAAUUAACAGCAAAACCUGCAAAGAGGACCUGAAAGCAGAGCAUACAACUACUUGUCUGAACUAAUGAUUUCUUCUUUAACUGGAAUUAAGGCAGAGUUUGCUUAAAUUGGGCUACAGAGUUGCUAGCAAUUCUGUUGCUAGCACGUCUACUCUAUGGUAUAAAUUCCAGAAUGGUAAUAAUAGAGUUGGUAACAUUCACAUUUUUUAAUUUCAGCCAUUCAAGUUGCCUUCUUUUGUAAUGCUAUGCAGUUUGAUAUUAUAAUGUAAGUUAAUUUAUAUAUAUAUAUAUAUAUAUGUAUAUAGGAGAACUAGGCAUCAUAGUUUUAAGUACCUAUCCAUUUUUGUUCUGUUCUUUUGGUGUUUAGAAUUCUGUGAGAUUUCAUGACUGGCACAUGUGUUUUCAGACAAAAUGCAGAAUACUUCUCAGAUUUCAGUUCUCAUCACCAGACUUCAUUGGCUGUAUUUUCACUGAAACUGCUUUGUUUCAUGCAGUUGGGAUCUGUCUUUGGUCAUAAAUACUGAUUUCUUGUGCAGCCUUAGUUUGGUUCAUCUCUAAUGAACUGAAGCAAAUAGCAGUGUAUUUGCUUAAAAGUACACUUCAUUGCAGCAAUCUUUUUUUUUUGUCAUCAAGUAACUUAAGAACAGCUUUAAAGUGACUUCUGAAUAAGUUCCCAGCUGAAAUGAUUGGCAGGGGAGAAACAGAACACUAAACAUUGUCAAAAUUGAUGUGUGCACAACACAAAGAUUAAAGAAAUUGUGCUUCCGCAAACAUUUAAGUCAAACCAGGAAACUGUUGCUUCUGUAAGGGUUUAUUAGGAAGACUUUUGUGGUCUAAGCAUAUUUUUGUGGGAUUAAAAGUUAUAAUUUCUUCAUCUUGUGUGACGAAAUAAAACAUAACCAAAACUAAAAUUUUCCAUUUCAUGUGAAAUUCAGCCACCUGUGGGAAAACUACUGCAUUUAGUGGUUUUUUCCCAUAACAAAUGAAUCAUUUGCACAUUGGGGCUAUAUAAGUGAUUUUUUGUUACACUGUCCUCAUCCAGAUUGAUGAUUACUAGUGUUGCUGAUGAGAAAUUUGGAAUGAAGCUUGAUGUCCAUUUCUCUGAAUGUAAUUCCUGUCUUGCAGCACUUGGUGUGAACUCCCAUUCAAAUGAAUGUACAAGCUGGCUAGACUGCUAAAAGAGCUUUAAAUUAUUUGUUCUUACACUCUAACAAACUGGUUAUUUCAGAGCUGAGUUUCUUUUUAAGUAAUAAUGUAAAUGAUGUGUUUUGAAGUAAGAUAAAGGGUAAGCUAUGUAAAGUUUCCAAUAAAAUAUGCAGAGGAAGGUAUCACAGGGGCACAGUCAAUUUUACUUUUCACUCUCUUUUAGAUGACUCACACAGUGUACGCCUGCCUGGACUUUCUGUAUUGUAAUUUUCUGAACUCCUAAUUUUCUGUCCUUAAUAUUUGUCAUAUUUUUCCAUGAAAGAUGCACUCUAACAAGUACCCAGGCAUCAUGCAAAGUAAACUGGGAUAAUGAUUUGGGGCAACGAGAACAAACUACUUAAAGCAGUCUGAAGAGACACUGAAAUGCUUUUAGUGAACCAGUAUUAGAUUAAAACUUUCCACAGGUAUUUUUCCCCAAAAUUGACUCAUGGCUAUUAAUUGCCUGUGGAUUGUUGGCCUCUGCUGUGGUUUGUAUGUAUUUCUAAGAGAAAUGUAAAGAAUUUCCACAGUCCAUUUUUUGGAGCAGAAUGUAUAUAAUUAAAUGUUGUCUUAAGUAUUUUAUUUUGUAAUGUAAUUUCACAAUCAGAUUCUGGGAAUUGAGACUGUUAUCAUUAAACUAUAACAUGAAACUAGAUGCCUCUAGUAUCCAAAUCAGGAUUGAAUUCCUUUGAUAUUCUUGAUUUGUAUGUCCUCAUAUAGAAUCCAGUUUACUGUGUCAAGUUGUAUUCUCUGUCUCUGUCAAUAACUGUGUUUUUUUCCAAAGAACUGUGGUUUUGUGGGGUUUGGUUUUGUUUCCAAAAAAUCAUGGUUAUUUUAACUAAAACUAGAGAAUUCUAAAAAAUUCUUAGAAAUUUGAAUAUUUUUGAAAUUUGGUACAUUUCAGCAUUUGGAAUAAUUUCCAGUCAAAGGAAUAAAAGCUGACAGUGCUUACCUGAGGAGUCACAUGUGCAUACAUAAAAAUGUAAUUUAUUAACUUUUCCUACAAAAGCGUGGUAAGAUCUGGGUUUUCUAUGAAUAAGGAUCUAAUUUUACUAAAUGACCUUUUUGUAAUAAAGGGGAGAAAAUUAAUAAAAACAUAGAGGAUUAA